GUUUGUGUGUGCGCGCGUGAACGAUUAAAGUAAAAUUGAAGAAAAGUAAAGUGCGCUGCAAUUAACGUAGAAAUAUAAACGAAAGUCGAAUCAAGUGUCAUAAGAUGCCAGCCGGCAUUGUGAAAACGCCAAAUUCUGGACGUGCUAAAGACGCGAAUGCGGCGAAAUCCGCAGAACGCAAUGCCAACAACAACAGCAACAACACGGGCAGCGGUGGCAAGAAGUUUGUGCAGACGCGUCUGCCCUUCAAGCUGAUAACGCCUGUGGCAAAGACUGCGGCAGCAGCCACAACAUCAUCAGCAACUCCAUCUUCAUCAGCAUCACCAUCAUCAUCGUCAUCAUCAUUGGCUGCAGCUGCGUCCACUGUUGUGGUCGUUGACUUGGAGGAAGUGGAGCGGGAACGGGAACCACGUAAACGAAAGCUGUCCUACGGCUGCGACAAGGAGUCGGACACGGAGCAGCUGCGCCGCUCCAACAGCAAAGAGAAUCUGGAACUGGGCGUGGCAGCGCUAACGCCCAGCAAGAAGCCCAAGACUCUGCAGUCCGAGGAUGUCGUGGAGCUGAUCGAUGACGAGGAUGAGGAGGACGCGGCUGUUGCGGACAGCGCUGCCACGAAGAUCAAGGAGAAGAAGCCUUCUUCGGAGAGCGUCAGUCAUCCGUUGCCUGUCCAGAUCAAAUUGCCGCUGAGCAAUAAACGUUCCAAGCGUCGCAAGUCGUUGAAGAAGGCGGAGUCUGUGGAGAAUGCGCCUCUGGCCAAGAUCCCGCUGGCAGUUGAGCGCAGUGACUCCAGUGACGAUAUCGAGGCCAUUGCCGAGGAGCUGAAUCCCCAGAAGCGUCCCAAGGUGGUGGAGACUGAGACUGAGACAGCGAAGGCGACGGAGUCCAAAGCAAAGGCCAAGACACCUGUGCCGGCAAAGAAACAAACGGAGAAAGAGAAAGAGUCCAAGAAAGUAGUAAAAGCGAUUGAGGAGCCGGAGUCAAAGAUGGAUGUGGACUCGGAUGAGGCGCUUGUAGAGAGCGACUGCGAGUCCAAGUCGGAAGAGGUUGCUAGCACGGAUGCGGAUGCAGAUGCGGACAUGGACGUGGACACGGACACGCUGAACAAGACGUCCCCAGAGAAAGAGGACAGGGGGGAGAAGGUAGAGGAUAAGGAGGACAAAGAGGACAAAUCCAGCUGCGCUGUGGCCGACAAGUCACAGACUCUGACGGCCAAGCAGCUGCGGCUGAUGGAGCAGCGACGCAAGGCGCGUGAGGAGAAGGAGCGCAAGUUGCAGGAGGAGCGUCGCCUCAAGCAGCAGGAGAAGGAGCAGCGGGAGCAGCAAAAGAAAGCGGAGCGCGAACAAAAGGAGGAGCAGCGGCGCAAGGAGCGCGAGGAUAAGGAGCAAGUGAAGCGACAGGAGCGCGAGGAGAAGGAACGCAAACGCCAAGCCGAGGUGGACAAAAAGGAUGAAGAGAAACGCAAACGCAACGAGGCCAAGGAGGAGGUGCAGCGCAAAAAGGACGAAGAGCGUCGCCGCAAGGAGCAGGAGAAGGAGGAGGCCGAACAGAAGAAGAAACGCGCCGCCGCCUCGUUCACCAAAUUCUUUGUGGCCAAGCAACCGAGGCAGUCGAUGGGCGGAUCCCUGGAUCAGGAUCAGAACAGCUGCGACAGCGGCCCCAGCAAUGGCAACAGUCAAUCGCUGGCCUUUCGCCCAUUCCAAAUCAAGGACGACAUGAUCAUGGCACCCGUCAUCCGGGCCACAAUCGCCAGCGACACGCGCAACCAACUGGAUCGUCUCUUCCACGACGAUGAGGACGACGACGAGGAUCUGAACGAGAGCAUUGGACGCGUCAAGCGUCCCACUCGCACCCAGCUGUACCUGGGCGAACUGAGUCUGGCCAGGCACAAGCCGCUGAGCAGCAAACGCGAUGCCCGGCUGCAGAGACGCGCCAAGGACGAGGAGGAGGAUGACGAUGUCCAGGUGGUUGAUGAUCUGGCAAAUGCCGGCACACCCAUUGUGGAGGAGCGUGCCAAGCAGCUGCCCUGGAUGCGUGCCAAGUAUUUGCACUUUGCGGACAACCGACGUCCGCCCUAUUAUGGCACCUGGCGCAAGCGCAGCCAGAUGAUCAGCGCAAGACGUCCACUGGGACAGGAUAAGGCUCACUUUGACUAUGAGGUGGACUCGGAUUGCGAGUGGGAGGAGGAGGAGCCGGGUGAAUCGUUGAGUGCCAGUGAGGAUGAGAAGGAGCGUGAGUCCGAGGAGGAGUCGGAGGAGGAAUACAAUGAAUGGUUUGUGCCCCAUGGCCAUCUCAGUGAUGAGGAGCUGCAAAACGAUGGCGAGCUCGAGGAUGGCAACACACGCGAGGCGCAAAAGGCCAAGCUGCAGGUGCUGCAACAGGAGUUUGCCCAGGAGAUGAAGAAACAGACCAAAAAGAUAAAGCCUCGCUUGCUGGGACCCGUCUGGCUGGACGAGAACGGCAACAAGUCCCAGCUAUGUCCAGCUGUCUUCACACAGACCAUCGACAUGUACGGUUGCUGGCUGCUUCAGCCGCUGACGUUGGAGCCGCCGCCGGAGCUGGUGCGGGAGGAGGAGCCGCUCGAGGAAACGAAGGCCAAGCCCAUGGUGCUGCAGCUGGAUGAGCCAUUGCUGCAGCAGCUGGUGCGUCUAGUCCAUGGCAACAGCAAUGCCAAGGUCUUUCUCAUCUCCGAGUAUAUGGAGUAUUUGAAGACACAGAUGACGCAGGAGACACAAGCUCUGCCCUCCAAGACACUUAUCCGUGAGAAGUUCGAUGAGCUGGCCAGCUGGAAGCCCGUCGUCGUGGACACUGUUAGCGACACAAAGAAAUCCAAGAAGCCCAAGAAACGCCUCUGCUGGGUGGUCAACGCUGAAAUGCUACAAAAGUAUAAACUAGACGACCUGACGCUUCAGAAUCAAUGGAACUAUACGCUCACACCCAAAGCCAGCAAGGCGGACACUUCGUUGCGCGAUCCGACGCCACCGCCAGAGUCAACUGAGGCGAGCGGCACACCCAAGUCCAACCAAGAUAUCCAAAAGCUAACCAAGCGCGGCGAAUCAACGCCAUCGACGCCCACAACAUCCACAUGCUCACCCUCGACAGUUGCCUCGAGCACCAAGAAACGUGGCACACUCCUCAUGUCUGUGGCACGGGAUCAGCAGUUCCAUGCCCCCACCAAGAAUGCUCUCAUCAGUCAAUAUCUGCGCAAGCAGAACGAUGAACCGACAGCCCCCGAAAGCAAACACUCUUCCUCGCCAGCACCUCCUCCCGUCAUCGUUGAUGAUGUUGUGCUGCUUUCCGAUUAGGCUGAGGAUCUAAUCCCAGAGUUACCUCAGCCGUUUACCUCUUCCGCUUAUACAUAAUUAUAUAUUUGUCGCCUCACGUACGUAGUCUGUAAGUUCGCCUAGCCGUAGUGUUCACUGUACUAGCCGUGUACGUUCCACAUUUGUGUCGUCAACGAUGAUCGGCAAUCCAAAUAACGCAAUAUCCACUUGGAUUGCUCCAUUGUCCGUCAGCUCGGCCUUUAUCUACGAGUAGAAUAUGAUUUUUUUUUCGAUCCGUAUGUAUUUCCACAAUAAGAAAUAAAUUUUGUUUAUUAUUUAUAACUAAA